CGUCUUCCCUGCCUUCCAAGUGUGGAGGAGUACUCGGUGUCCAAAUCCGAUUAGUCACGUUCUCCUGAUCAGUGAUCACACAAUACGCGAUGGCGAAUCCUAGGGUGUUCUUUGACAUGUCAAUCGGCGGAGCACCGGCUGGGCGGAUCGUGAUGGAACUUUUCGCAGACACAACGCCUCGCACGGCGGAGAAUUUUCGGGCGCUGUGCACGGGUGAGAAGGGGAUUGGGCGGAGCGGGAAGCCGCUGCAUUACAAGGGUUCGAGUUUUCACCGUGUGAUCCCGGGAUUCAUGUGCCAGGGCGGGGAUUUCACGGCCGGAAAUGGAACCGGUGGAGAAUCGAUAUACGGAGCGAAAUUCGAAGAUGAGAAUUUUGUAAGGAAGCACACUGGACCUGGAAUAUUGUCGAUGGCCAACGCAGGCCCCAACACCAACGGAUCUCAAUUCUUCGUUUGUACGGCGAAGACGGAGUGGCUAGAUGGGAAGCACGUGGUGUUUGGACAGGUGGUGGAGGGCAUGGAUGUGGUGAAGGCCAUCGAGCAGUUUGGAUCCUCCUCCGGCAGGACCUCCAAGCCCGUCGUAAUCGCCGACUGCGGCCAACUUUCUUAAGCCUGAAUUCCGGUAGUAGAAUAAGACUUCCUCGCACUGUAUGAAAUCUAGACCCACUUUGGUGCUUUUAGACUUUAGUUUGAGAUAUUAGCCUUGGCUGUUUAAAUAUCAAAUAUUUGAGGUGGUAGCCUUAGCUGUUUAAAUAUCAAAUAAAGAGCUAGAGAGCUAGAACCGCGAUGGCAUCUUUCCUCCGUUUUCUCACCUCGGAGGGGGAAGAUAGAUAUGAAGUACGUGGGUUCGCGGUCGGAAUGUGAUCACAUAGUUCAUGCAAUAAAUGGGUCCCUGACUCUCUGUUUCGUUACCGGAAAAAACAGAACAGAGUCGUCCCUGUCCACCCCCCCCUAUGGGGUCUCUGUGUGUUAAGUGGUAGGGAUACUGUAGUAAUAACCAUCUUAGAUGACGACUCCUUUUUGGUUUUAAAAAAACUACGUCUUUACUGUGUUUUGUGGGGGAAGAAAUAUUAAUAGAGACGCGAGAAUAUGAAUUUGUCUGAAAA